CUGGGCGUCGGAAUGAUGGCUGGCGCAUGUGAGGUUUGUGUCCACCUGGCAAGAGAGCAGUGCGUGGCUGGGUGUCAGGGGGAGGUAUAUAAGCCCUCGAGGUUCUGUCGUGGUAUUCAUUUCAUCCACUUGCAGUCGGUCGAGCAACUACCAGUAUUCAGCUCCCUGUCGACUAACUACUUCGACUCAACGCUCAAACUCAUCCUACAACUUCGUCUUCUUUUCCUCAGUGGGCAUCAACUCCUUCACACAGCCAAGAUGGUGGUACAGUUCAAGGUAUUUAAGAAGGCGGCGCCCAAUGGCAAGCUGACCAUCUACCUGGGCAGGAGGGACUUUGUUGAUCAUGUGUCUGCUGUCGACCCCGUUGACGGAGUGUUGAUGCUGGACACAGACUACCUGCAGGGGCGUAAGGUGUUCGGCCAACUGGUGUGCAGCUUCAGGUAUGGCCGAGAGGACGAUGAAGUGAUGGGUCUCAACUUCCAGAAGGACCUGUUCCUUUCUUCUUGCCAGAUUUAUCCUCCCAAGGAGAAUGCCGAGUCCACCAAGCUGCAGGAACGGCUCAUCAAGAAGCUGGGUGGGAACGCCUAUCCAUUCUCUUUUGAUAUGCCUGUGAACGCCCCUCCCUCCGUCACGAUCCAGCCAGGUAGGGAGGACGAGGGGCGCCCCUGUGGCGUGGAGUACUACAUUAAAGUCUUCGUCGGCGAGAAGGAAGAAGAACACAGCCACAAGAGAUCCACCGUAGUGAUGAACAUCCGCCGCAUCCAGUUCGCGCCCAGUAAGUCUGGCCGUCAGCCGUGUACCAUCGUCAGGAAGGACUUCAUGCUCAGUCCAGGAGAGUUGGAGUUGGAGGUGACACUUGACAAGCAGCUGUACUACCACUAUGAAAACAUCGCGAUCAACUGCAUCAUUAAAAACAACAGCAACAAAACGGUUAAGAAAAUCAAGGCCGCUGUCCAGCAGUCUGUUGACAUCUGUCUCUUCUCCGGCGGCCAAUUCCGCAGCACCGUGGCCAGCGUCGAGACACAAGAGGGCUGCCCAGUCAACCCGGGGUCAAACCUACUGAAAGAGCUGACUCUCUCGCCGACCCUGAGCAGCAACAUGGACCGUCGCGGCGUCGCCCUGGACGGCCACCUCAAGAACAUCCACACCAACCUUGCCUCCUCCACACUGCUGGCCAACCCAGAGUCGCGGGACAUGUUCGGGAUGGUGAUCUCCUACACGGUGAAGGUGAAGCUCUACCUGGGAGCCAUGGGUGGCGAGGUCACGGCUGAGUUGCCUUUCGUCCUCAUGCACCCCAAGCCUGAUUUACGUCGGCUGAUGAGAGGAGACAGUCAGGCCCAGGUGGAGGCCUUCCGCUCAGACAGUAUGGCUGGCACCGUGGACGAGAGCUAAGCUGUACUCCAAACGAGUUACUCAUUUAUCUUUCUUGCUCAUUUUUCUUGUCAUCUCCUCUUCACAAACCUUACUCCUUGCCCCCUCAUGCCCCCCAGUUGCCUCUCCUCACCUCACAAUGCCCACUCCUCUUACUUACCGCCCCACCAGGAAGAGAAGAUGUCUCGUUGUAAAUUUAUAUUUUCAUUUUUUUAGUGUGUUGUGUUAAUGGAGGAGUGUGAACACUGGCUCCAGUCUUCGUUGAGCGGUUCACCCAGAUAUGUUUAUAUUUUAAGAGUUUGUUGAGUAUUGUUUGUUUUAAUGGUAUAUUGUUUGUACAAAAUAUAUUCUUUGUUAUAAAACAGACAACAUGUAAAA